AUGCUGGUUUACCACGCGAAGGAGGACACAAUCCAGGUCCUCGACUACAUGGGAACCAGCCCCUAUCAGGCGUCGCUUGACGCAUAUUCGGUGCCGGGGUCGAAUGAGGUUGGGAUCCGGGCGGGUAUGAUUCCUGCCGCGUGCGGGGGGUGGUUGGCGCUCCUCGAUCGGUACGGCAGCAUGGACCGUGCGGAUAUCUUCGCGCCGGCGAUUGAACAUGCGGACAACGGCUACGCUGUCACGGCGAAGAAUGCUGAGUUUAUGGCGGGUGCGGCUACGCGGUUCUCGUCAACGGGUGCGAAGAUUAUCAUGUCUCGCGGACGGACACCGCAGCCGGGCGAGGUGUUGGUGCAGAAAGAGCUUGCCCAGACCUUCCGAAAGGUGGUUGAAGGUGGUGCAGAGGUCUUUUAUCGCGGUGAGAUUGCGAAGCAUAUCGCUCAGUUCUUCCAAGAGAAUGACGGGUUGAUCACGGAAAAGGAUCUUGCGGAUUUUCAGGCUACGCCGCCGAGCAACGGAAGCGGAUUGGAUACCGUGCGGGAGUCGGUGGCGGUGAGCGUUACACGAAGGAUAAGCUGCCGAACGAGAUUCUGCCGGGGAAUCGCUGCCGAAUGGAUGAACGAGUGCACGACCCAUUUCGAUGUGGUUGACGGCGAGGGGAACGCGGUUGCUGUGACGCAGAGUCUCGGAUCCGGUUUCGGCUCUGGUGUCGCGCUCGGUGAGACUGGGAUGUUCCUGAAUAACUUUAUGAAUUGGUUUGAUCUCUUACCGGAGAGUCCAAACGCCAUCUGGAUCGCACAAACAGAUCGAGAUGUGUAUGUCGCCGUGCCAAGUCUGGAAGGACGGGAAGCUGUUCGCGGCGAUUGGUACGCCGGUAGUCACGGCGAUCUUACAGACGACGGCGCAGAUGGUGUUGAACCUGAUCGAGCAUGGCAUGAAUAUCCAAGCGGCGAUCGAGGCACGCGUGUACGGGUUGAAAGUGCGGGCGCUGCUGUGAGUAUGGAGGGACGCAUCCCCGCCGAUGUCAUAGCUCAACUUGAGGCGCGUGGGCAUGAGCCUAACGUGAUGCCUGACUGGACGGCUGGCGUCGGUGGCGGUCAGGGUAUCGCGGUUGAUCAAGCGGAAGGUUCGCUCAUGGGUGGUGCGGAUCCGCGGCGCGAUGGGUAUUCGAUUGGGAUCUGA